AUGGAUGUGGUGCUGAGGUUGUUUCUCCAGUUGUCUGUACUGACUGCUCUGCUGGCUAUGGGGACCACAGAAGGACCCAGAGGCCGGGAUUGGCUUGGUGUCUCAAGGUCACUCAGACCUAAAACAUGGAACAAACAGCUGUAUCCUGAGUGGACGGGAGUCCAGAGGCAUGACUGCUGGAGAGGUGGCCAGGUGGUCCCACAAGUCAGUAAUGACGGACCUACUCUGGUUGGUGCAAAUGCCUCCUUCUAUAUUGCCCUGCACUUUCCUGGGAGUCAAAAGGUACUGCCGAAUGGGCAGGUGGUCUGGGUCAAUGACACCACUGUCAAUGGGAGCCAGGUGUGGGGAGGACAGCCAGUAUAUCCCCAGGAACCAGAUGAUGGCUGCAUCUUCCUUGAUGGUGGACCCUGCCCAUCUGGCCCUCCAUCUCAGAAAAGAAGCUUUGUCUAUGUCUGGAAGACCUGGGGACAAUACUGGCAAGUUCUCGGGGGUCCAGUGUCCAGACUUAGCAUUGGGACAGCACAAGCAAUUCUGGGCACACACAACAUGGAAGUGACUGUCUACCACCGCCGGGGGCCCCAGAGCUAUGUACCACUUGCUCACUCCAGCUCAACCUUCACCAUUACUGACCAGGUCCCGUUCUCCGUGAGUGUGUCCCAGCUGCAGGACUUGGAUACAGAAAACAAGCACUUCCUAAGAAAUCAACCUCUGAUCUUUGCCCUUCAACUCCAUGACCCCAGUGGCUAUUUGGCUGGGGCUGACCUCUCCUACACCUGGGACUUUGGAGACAAUACUGGAACCUUAAUCUCUCGGGCAGUUGUGGUCACUCACACUUACCUGCAGUCAGGCCCAGUCACUGCCCGGGUAGUGUUGCAGGCUGCCAUUCCUCUCCCUUCUUGUGGUUCUUCCACAGUUCCAGGUACCACAGACAGGCACACGUCAACUGCAGAAGUCCCUGGUACCACAUCAGGGCAUGGUACCACUGUAGAAGUUGUAAGUACUACACCUGGCCAGAUGCCAACUACAGAGCCCUCUGGAACCACAGCUGUGCAGGUACCAACCACAGAGGCCACAGAUGCCACAUCUGAGCAGAUGUUGACUUCAGGGAUUGUAGGUACCACACAUACAGAAAUGCCAGGCAUAGAGGGCACAACACCUGAAGCGCCCUCCAGAGCCACUGUUGCACAGGCAACAACUGCCAGGUUGGAAACUACAGCUGGAGUGUUGCCCACCCCCGAGCCCGAGGGUCCAGGUGCCAGCUCAUUCAUGCCUACGGAAAGCACUACAGGCUCCUCAGCCCCCAUACUGAAUGGCACAGCUACCUUAGUGCUUGUGAAGCGACAAGUCCCCCUGGACUGUGUUCUCUAUCGAUACGGUUCCUUUUCCCUCAGCCUGGACAUUGUCCAGGGUAUCGAGAGUGCCGAGAUCCUGCAGGCUGUGCCAUCCAAUGAGGGGAAUGCCUUUGAGCUGACUGUAUCCUGCCAGGGUGGGCUGCCCAAGGAAGCCUGCAUGGACAUUUCCGCUCCAGGGUGUCAGCCCCCUGCCCAGAGACUGUGCCAGCCUGUGUCACCAAGCCCAUCCUGCCAGCUGGUGCUGCACCAGGUACUGAAAGGUGGCUCAGGGACCUACUGCCUUAAUGUAUCUCUGGCUGAUGCCAACAGCCUGGCAGUGGCCAGCACCCAGCUUAUCAUGCCUGUAUGCGGAAUUCUGUGCAUAGGUCAAGAAGCAGGCUCUGGGGAGGCCCCCCUGCUUGUGGGCAUCUUACUGGUAUUGGCAGUGGUGGUCCUUGUAGCUCUGAUAUAUAGGCGUAGACUUAUGAAGCAGGGCUCAGCCUUGCCCAUUUCCCAAUCACCACAUGGUCAUACCCACUGGCUGCGUUUGCCUCCGGUCUUCCGCACUUGCCCCAUUGGUGAAAACAGCCCACUCCUCAGUGGGCAGCAGGUCUGAGUACUCAUGACGCUGUGAAUUUCCCAGGGUUGACAGCAAUUUUUGUAUUUUUCUGCAGUC